AUGAUUCAUGCUCGAUACGGCUUCACAGCAUCUCUAUUAAGCAAUGGAAACGUAUUAGUGGCCGGUAGAGUUGGUAUUUAUGACGAAUCAAAAAGUGCAGAAGUAUACGAUUCAUCAACAAACAAUUGGACAUCGAUUAAUAACAUGACCUAUGCACGAUAUUAUUACACAGCGACUGUUUUGUCUAAUGGAAACGUGUUAGUGGCGGGUGGUCUAUAUGGACUAAAUGAAAGUUUGAAUACUACUGAGCUAUAUGAUCCAUCAAUAGGAGUAUGGAUGUCUACUGGCAAUAUGAGUUACGCACGGUUUCAACAUAAAGCAUCUCUCCUUUCUAACGAAUGGUCACAACUAACUCGAUUGAUAGCAACAUUACCAAAGUUAGCUGAAAAUGGAAAUGGUCCAUUUGAGUUUCCCGGUCAAUUGGGUUACACAGGUUUUUUCGCACAUUUUCCCAUCGUUUCCAGCUAUCCUGACGUUUAUUACGUUGCUCAGCAUCAACAAGCAGUCUUAUCCAAUCCCGGUGGACAUGUGAUUUAUAAUGAUCAAGAAAAGCUUAUUGAACAAUGGUUCAAAGAUUCUGCAAAUCGUCAUGGAAUCCCAUUACCAAUUUGA